ACAAAAAUGGAUCCUUUAAACGGAAAAUUUUGCAAUAACUGCGGCGAAAAACUUGAAUUAUCUCUCGCUGAAGGCUUAGAGUGCACAUUAUGUCACUGUUAUGUGCACGUAAAAUGCUUGAAAAGAGGCUCGGUACCAGGAGGCUUGCACGGGGACACGUUUUUCACGUUUACUUGCGCCGAUUGCUCGCCGGAAAAUAGCGAAAUUUUCGUUAGAAACAAACUUUCUUGGUUACAAGUCAUCGUUUUGGUAUUGUACCAUUUGCAACACAAAUGCCCCGGUUUGGCCCGAAAAGGUUUCUUCCAUUGGAGGCAUCAUGUGGCCAUUUUCAUCGAUAAAAAUUGGGAUAUGCUGUUUAGUAACGUGAAGAAAAAGAAGAAAUGGAUGGGUACUAUAGCUGGUACACUUUCCCAUUUCAACAAAUACAUAUUUUUAUCUGGUAUAUCAGUAUUUAACGAACCUGCUUUUUGGACGUUGAUGUACCCCAAAUUGAGCCCUUUGACGGUCAUCAGCGCUUAUUCUGUAAUGCUAGCUGAGAAACAAAUCUACAAGAAUAAGAAAGACGCUUCGGUAACAGAUUCCGAUUUGUUCUCGAUUGUGUUACGAAAUAACAUCGAGAAUGAAGAUUUACUGCAAACUUUCAACGUGGAGAGCUUUACGAUUGUACCGGAGGCUAAAAAUGAAGAAGAGGAGAAUCGAGUUGAUUUGUAUUCGUACUCUUCUGACGGAAAGCAGAAACGUUCCCAGAAGAGGAAAAAUCACAAACAAUUAGGAUUACCUUUCAAUAAAUUAUCCAAAUUAUCGAAUUCCUCCGCAUUGUUAUCAUCGGACGAUUUGAUGGAGUUGAACUUCGAUUCGCCGGAGACGAAUGCUAAUCAAGAAUGCACGAGUGAAGAAAUAAAACCGGAUGAAACUAGGUUUUUGAAUCCUUUUUGCCAUUACAACACUUCUUUGAAUAGUACUUCGAGAAUCAGCGGAUUAAAUUUGUAUUCGAAAUUAACGGGAGGCAUCAAGCAAGAUUUCAUUCUGUCCCCUUACAGCGGCAUGUACUUGAAGCCUUACAUUAGAAGAGACGUUGAAUCGUUUCCUACCUGGUUGAAAUUGAUGGCGGAAAUCAAAUUAUCGGUUAACGGCGGUGAGAAAAAUUAUAGUUUACCGCCGAGAAGUUCGUUGGAUUACACUUAUGUUCAACCGGAGCACAUUCCGGCUAUAAACAGUUUGUGCAAUCAAUUCUUCUGGCCUGGAAUCGACUUGGGAGAAACUUUACUCUAUCCGGACUUCAGCUGUGUGGUUUUAUACAAAAGAUUGAUAGUAGGCUUCGCGUUUUUGGUACCUGACGUCAGCCACACAGAAACCUACUUAUCAUUCAUAUUCACUAGGCCAUAUUGGAGGAAGUGCGGCAUUGCCAAAUUUAUGAUUUAUCAUCUCAUACAAACCAGCAUGGGGAAGGACGUUACCUUGCACGUGUCCAUGAACAAUCCCGUUCUAUUGUUGUAUCAAAAAUUCGGAUUUAAAGUGGAGAAUGUCGUAUUAGGUUUUUACGAUAAGUAUCUCAGGGAGGAUGUUGGAGAAUCUAAAAACGCGUUUUUUUGUCGACUGGAAAGAUAACAAUAGUGAUAAUAAAAAUUAUUUAUAAGUACAAAUAACAAAUAUUACUGUCAUCACCAUAAGCU